ACACAUUAUUUUUGUUCCACAAUAAAAGAAAAACAUGCACAUUUUCUUAAAGCUAACUAUUUUUCACAUCAUGUAGAUGUUUUAUUUCCUGUAAGAACUGCUGCUGUAUUUAUUUAUUGCAAUCUGCUUAAUUGAAAGCAUAUUGUUCGGGGUUAAGAUUUUAUUUUAUUUCUUCAUUUACUUUGGAUAGGUUAUUUUCACUCCACAUUUUUUCAUUUUUCCACUGAAAACAAUGUGAUGUGUUAGAGUUUGCUUUUAUUUACAAACAGUAUCUUUAAACUCAGCCUCUUCAUUCAAUCAACUCUAUUUUUUAAAGAGUGUUAGUACUGUGCUCUUUGGCUCGUUUGAAAUUCACCCUCUAGACUCUAAGGGACGCUGUUGGUCAGUAAAAUAUUUUCUGAGUUGUGUCGUCAUUCAGUUCAUCCCCCGAACUGACGAUACAGUGGGGAAGACUCUCAGUGUUUUUUCGACGUUUGGGGCGAACAUAGUCUCACAGACUUGCAUGUAAACGUUGAAGACGUGUUUAGAUGCAACCAGGAAACGGAUAUAUCAGAACCAGAUUUACAAUUGAUAUCAAUCGGAUAUAAGUAAUCUUUUUCGAUUGUUUGUUGCCAUGAUGGCACUUCGAGGAUCUCCCACCUACAUAUCCUUAAGAUGGCGAUUGUUUUGUGGACUGCGACGACAAAUAGGACUGCUUAUGUUGCUGCUUCAUGCAAUGAAUAUGGUAGGUGGUCAGAUUCGUUAUUCCAUACCAGAGGAGAUGAAGAAAGGCUCAGUUAUUGGUAAUGUAGCGCAGGAUCUUGGUUUGGAUCUGAAAAGGCUCCAUUCUGGGCGGGCCCGUAUCGUGACGGGAGAAAACGUUCACUACACCGAGCUGAAAACAGACAAAGGGAUUCUAGUCGUGAAUGAGAGAAUAGACCGAGAGCAGCUUUGUGGAGACAUAACGCCAUGUAGCUUCAGUUUUGAGGUGAUUUUAGAAAAUCCAAUGGAACUGCACAGAAUUACAGUUGAGGUUUUGGAUAUAAAUGAUCACGCUCCCGUCUUCCCAAACAAAGAUAAACCUAUCAGUUUUGAAAUAAGUGAAUCGGCUGUAGUGGGAGUGCAGUUUCCACUUCAGAGUGCAGAGGAUCUAGAUGUGGGGCAGAACGCUUUGCAAGAUUAUGUUUUGUCACCAAACGACAAUUUUAUUUUGAAGCAACAUGCAAAUCCAGACGGAAGUAAAUACGUUGAAAUGGUGCUACAGAAGCCUUUAGACAGAGAGCAACGUCCACAUUUGUCUUUAAAGUUAAUCGCAGUUGACGGAGGAACACCACAGAGAUCUGGUACAGUAAAUAUAGAUGUCACUGUUUUAGAUGCCAACGACAAUGCUCCAGUAUUUAACCAGUCAGUAUAUAAAGCAUCUGUGAUGGAAAACACGAUGAGAGGCACAAACAUUAUUACAGUAAAUGCCACAGACGCAGACAGCGGUUCAAAUGGAGUCAUCGUUUACAGUUUGUCUAAAAUGAAAGGGAGUGCAGCAGAUAUAUUCAGUAUUGAUGAAAAUACUGGAACGAUUUCUGUAUCUGGUCAAAUAGAUUAUGAAAAAGACAGAAAAUAUGAGGUUAGGGUUGAGGCAAGAGAUCAGGGUGGUCUCACCGGGACCAGUAAAGUUGUACUGGAUGUUAUUGAUGUUAACGACAAUGCCCCAGUCAUAAAUAUAAUGUCACUUUCUAGCUCGUUGUCUGAAGACUCACGUCCUGGUACAACGAUUGCUAUUUUGAACGUGAAAGAUGCAGAUUCUGAGAAAAAUGGGCAAAUAAAAUGUUCUAUAGAUGGCAAACAUCCCUUUAAAAUCGAGUCAUCUUUAACAAACUAUUACAAUUUAGUUUCAGAUCAACAUUUUGACCGCGAGUCGGUCUCAGAAUAUAACAUAACAAUAACAGCCACGGACUUUGGGACUCCCCCACUUUGUAGCUCAACAAAAUUACAUCUUAAAAUCUCUGACGUAAACGACAAUGCACCAUUUUUUGAUAAAAGCAGUUAUUCUGCUCAGAUCACAGAGAAUAAUUCACCUGGAAUUUCAAUAUUUGCUGUCAGCGCGAGGGACUCUGAUUGGAACCAAAACGCCAGAAUCUCGUAUCUUUUAGAGGACACACAGGUCAGUGGUAGUCCAGUUUCUACUUAUGUGUCUUUAAACUCUGAAACUGGAGUUCUUAGCGCGGUUCGCUCCUUUGAUUAUGAGCAAAUUAAACAACUUCAGCUAGUAGUCAAAGCUCAGGAUGGAGGCUCUCCUCCACUCAGUAGUAAUGUGACUGUGAAAAUACUGAUCCAGGACCAGAACGACAAUCCUCCUCAGGUUCUAUAUCCAGUCCAGACUGGUGGCUCUCUGGUGGCUGAAAUGGUGCCUCGUUCAGCAGACGUGGGCUAUCUGGUGACUAAAGUGGUGGCUGUUGAUGUGGACUCUGGACAGAAUGCCUGGCUCUCCUAUAAACUGCAGAAAGCCACAGACAGGGCGCUGUUUGAAGUGGGCUUACAGAAUGGAGAAAUAAGAACUAUCCGCCAAGUGACUGAUAAAGAUGCAGUGAAACAAAGACUGACUGUUAUAGUGGAGGACAACGGGCAGCCCUCUCGUUCAGCUACAGUCAUUGUUAACGUGGCGGUGGCGGACAGCUUCCCUGAAGUGCUGUCGGAGUUCACUGACUUUACCCAGGACAAGGAGUACAAUGACAACCUGACUUUUUACUUAGUGUUGGCUCUGGCUGUAGUUUCCUUCCUCUUCAUCACGUGUUUAGUGGUUAUUAUAUCAGUGAAAAUCUACAGAUGGAGACAGUCUCGCAUCCUGUGUCACUCCAAUCUCCCUGUGAUUCCAUAUUAUCCACCACGUUACUCAGACACUUUGGGGACAGGGACUCUCCAACACGUGUACAAUUACGAGGUGUGCAGGACGACUGACUCCAGAAAGAGUGACUGUAAGUUCGGCAGAGCUGGUAGUCAGAACGUGUUGAUAAUGGACCCCAGUUCUACAGGGACGAUGCAGCGAAUGCAGAGUGAAACGAGCAUCCUGGAUGAACCAGACUCUCCUUUAGAGGUGAGUUAGGAUAACCUUACCUUUCCUCUGAUCCUGUAUGUUUUUCUCUCUUCAUCUUAAAUGGUUGCACUGAUUAUGCAUACUUGAACACCUUGCUUUAAUUUUCAGCACCAGGGAUAGCGCCUCAGGUUGUUUGAAUCAUUUUGCAAGGAUUCUGCCUCUGUAACACCCUGUGCAAACGUAGCAAUGGCUUUUAAAACCACGUUCUACGAAUUACGUUAAAAUGCAUCUCUCUUGCAUUUCCAAAUUAUAUUGUUUUUGACUCUAAGAAAACUAGAGACAUCAGGUAAAUACUUCUGUCAUAGGAUUAGAAAAAAAACAGAACCUCUCACGUCUGGUGUUGAUGACUUGUUCAAAUUCAAACCUUUCCUCACCUUUGCGCUGCUUAUCAAUAUUCAAUAGAAGUUUUAUUUUGUACGCUUUUG